AUGAAGCUUUUCAUCUUGAGUCUUAUAUCUUCUUUUGUCCUGGUGCCUUUGGCCGUACACCCGAGGCUAUGGGAGCAUACUCCAGCACAUCCAUACGAGUACGAUUCAGUAGGAGAGGAGCAACCGUUGUGGAGGCCUUCAGACUCUGCUGACUCUCCGCCGCAAAUCGCCGAGCCGACCAGGGAGAGAAGGACGCGUCAUGUUCGAGCACGAGGGUUUGGACGGAGGUUUAGGCAAUGGCUUGGCCUCGAUCGCUCAAUGCGCAAUGCUCACCAAUCAGCUGAGACCGAAGCAUUCAUCAGAGAAUUACAAGCUGCUCUCGAGUGGUACAGCACAACCACUGGACCAACGAUCACGGCUAACGCCUUGGCGAACCGCGAACGGCAACACGAGUUGAUCGAUCAGUACCACCGAGCCCUAGCCGAAAUUCAAGCCAAAGCUGCUUUCGACAGCAACACCGAUAUUUUGGGAUAUAUGCCUUAUGGCGACCAACAAAAGUUACAAAUCAAAAUUGGACAAGUCAUGACAGCCUCAUUGGAAAAUGCUCUGGACUUGCUAGCCACCACAGACAGCCAACCAGGUGGGAGUGGUGGACUUGGCGGUAAACUUGGAAGAACCAGCAGCAAAUCAGAAAAGCUUCAGGACCAGAAAACCGGAGUUUACAAUCACGUGGACCAGCCUAACGUCGAUGAUGAUGAACAAACCGGAAUCAAUCACGACAGCAGCUCAACUUCUAUUCCCUCCGAUCAUAUAUUAUCACAAGUCCUAUGUGGUGAUUCAGCCAACAAUAUAUGUGGAAUUUGUCUUGUACCAUACAAGUCACCUACACGAGUUGAAGAGAAUAAGUGGUCUUUCACCAAAGUUGCAAAACUCAAGAAUUGCCCACAUUACUUCCACUUCCAAUGCAUUUAUAAGUGGAUGGUCAAGAACUUCCAUAAUAGCUGCCCAAUUUGCCGCAAAACAUAUCCUAAUCAUUAA